AUGGCCACCGAGCCUGAGACGCCGCAUAUCCUCGGCCUCCAGGGCCAAAUGCAACUCCGCGUGGACAGCCAACUAACGUCGAUGAUCCGCAGGCUAGAAGCGGCCACCUCGCGCCUCGAAGACAUAGCAAGCUCUUCAUUUCCUUCGGCCGGCGAAUCAGAUACAGCAGCCGCGCCCGGACUGAUCGCCACAACCUCCUCGACAGCUGCCCCGGCCCUGUCUGCUGGCCCCCAUGCCGCCCCCGCAGUCGUCGCAGAGAGCGCUCCGCCCGCCAUUGAGGCCUUUGACGACCUGGUCAACAGCGAAUUGAAGACCUGGUUGGACUUGAGCCACCAGCUGGGCGACGUCAUCGAAGGCCAGUCCAAGGCGGUACAGCAGGCCUUCGCUGCCCAGCGACAAUUCCUCUUCAUUGCGAACAAGGCAAAGAAGCCAGACGACCGUACCAUGAUGGAGCUGCUCAAGGAUCUGCAGGCGAGCAUGGAGAAGACGGACGAGUUCCGCCAGAGCAAUCGCGAUCCGGCCCUCAAGGACCCGCUGUCCAUGGUCGCAGACGGUGUCGGAUCCCUGGGCUGGGUGACGAUUGGGGCGGGCGGCGGCAUGAAGCCCCAUGAGCACAUCAACGAGCUUGUAGGUGGCGCCCAGAUGUACGGCAACAAGGUGCUUAAGGAGCACCGAGACAAGCCCGAGGGCAAGGCAAACGUCGAAUGGGUGCAGGCAUACUACAAGCUCUUCAAAGCCCUCUCCGAGUACGCAAAGAAACACCACUUCGGCGGCGUAGCAUGGAAUCCCAAUGGCAUCGACGCAAAAGACGCCGCCAAAGACAUUGCCAGUGGCGCUUCCUCGAGCAUUCCAGCACCUCCAGCACCACCCGCAGGAGGUAUUCCUCCUCCACCAGGUCCUCCCCCGCCACCAGGCCCACCGCCGCCACCUGGCGCCGCACCAGCUGCAAAGAAGGCAGCGCCAGACAUGAAUGCCGUCUUUGGUGAGCUCAACAAGGGCGCCGACGUUACCAAGGGCCUGAAGAAGGUGGAUCCAAGCCAGAUGACCCAUAAGAACCCUUCUUUACGUGCUAGCGCCCCUGUUCCCACACGCAGCGAUAGCAGUGGUUCGCUACGGGGCAAGAGCCCAGCACCCGGCAAGAAGCCCAAACCAGAAGCAAUGCGGACUAAGAAGCCGCCGAAGAUGGAAUUGGACGGAAACAAGUGGAUAAUAGAUUCCUUUGAUUCUCCCUCAGAAAUGCUAGAAAUCCACGCCGAAAUCAACCACUCCAUCCUCAUCUCACGCUGCAAGAACACGACCCUCCGCAUCCACGGUAAAGCCAACGCGCUCUCGCUCGACAACUCGUCGCGUACCUCGCUCAUCAUCGACUCGCUCGUCUCUUCUGUCGACGUCAUCAAGUGCCCCAACUUUGCCCUCCAAGUCCUGGGCACGUUGCCCACCAUCCUACUGGACCAGGUGGACGGCGCAACCAUUUACCUGGGCAAAGAAAGCCAGGAAACAGAGGUCUUUACGAGUAAAUGCAGUAGCGUCAAUCUCAACUUGCCCCGUGACGAUGGGGAUUAUGGCGAGGAGGCGCUGCCAGAGCAGAUACGGAGUUUUAUUAGGGAUGGCCGGGUGGUUAGUGAGAUUGUGGAGCAUGCGGGGUAA